GUGUGUGUGCGUGCAGAAGCUAAAGGAGGGAUCAAGUCACAGCACUCAUAUUCACUCAGUUGCUCUGAGUCUCACUGGCUGUGCACACUUAAAAACUCUUGUACACACCAGACACACACACGACUCAGCUGAGUUUGAGGGCAAAUAAGUCAAUGUUUGACCAGACUGGAUUGUACAGGAAGGAAGACACAAAAGACAGAAAAGAUAAAUUGGAAGCCUGUCUGUCUCUUCUUUAUGGGAUUUUGAACUUGGACACGAGGACUUGAAGUUUUGCUCGGUGUUUUUCCUUUUUCACAGGCGGAUAAAAACUUUUUCCAAACUCUUGGGUGACACAAAGCAAAAAGGAAUUAGUUCUUUUCUUAUUUAUUGUUGGACUUUUGGACUUGUACUGGGCGAGAGCACAGUAAGAGGAAGGAGAUGGGGAGAUGGACGUUACAUCUCUCAGUGGGGCUUGGGCUUCUAGCCGUCCUGUUGACCUGCUGCUAUGCUGAAGUGAACUACUGCUUCACUUCCAGGGCCAAGACCUGCUCAGAAUGCCUGCAGGCUGGGAAAGGCUGUGCCUACUGCCCUGAUGAGACCUUUAAUGGCCCUCGCUGUGACCUGUACGAGAACAUACUUGCCCAUGGCUGCAGUGCCGCAGCUGUAAUUACGACUGAGAGCAGUAUGAUGAUAGAGGAAAAGCAUCAAAUCAACAUGAAACUUCAGCAGUCUCAAGUGUCUCCACAGCAGGUAAGCAUGACCUUUCUACCAGGAGAGGAGAAGCUGAUUGAUGUGGAGGUGUUUGCUCCAACCAAAGGCCCUCUGGACCUUUAUAUUCUUAUGGACUUCUCGAACUCCAUGGCUGACGAUUUGGACAACCUGAAGAGGAUGGGCCAGGAACUUGCUUCAUUGGUGGAGAGGCUGUCAAAUGACUACACCAUUGGGUUUGGGAAGUUUGUGGACAAAGUCAUCGAGCCCCAGACUGACAUGAGACCCUCCAAACUUUCUCAGCCAUGGCCCAACAGCGACCCUCCGUUCUCUUUUCAAAACGUCAUCACGCUGACCAACGACACGAAUUUCUUCAACCGUGAGCUCCAGAAAGAGAGAAUAUCUGGCAACCUGGAUGCUCCUGAAGGGGGUUUUGAUGCCAUAUUGCAGGCUGCAGUUUGUGGGGAUAAGAUUGGCUGGCGCGCACACAGCACACAUCUGCUGGUUUUCUCCACUGAGUCAGCCUUUCACUACGAAAGUGACGGCGCCAACGUGCUGUCAGGCAUCCUGAAGCGCAACGACGAACGCUGUCACCUGGACGCAGCGGGCAAAUACACAGAGGAUGUAAAUCAAGAUUAUCCUUCAAUACCGACACUGGUCCGUCUGCUGGGCAAACACAACAUCAUUCCUAUCUUCGCGGUUACCGACCACUCCUACACGUACUACAAGAAACUCCAAGAGUAUUUCCCCAUUGCUGAGGUUGGACUGCUGCAAGAGGACUCAUCCAAUAUCCUGCAAGUCAUGGAGACUGCCUUCGAGAGUAUCCGUUCGAGGAUGAGCAUCCGUGCAGAGGACAGACCCAAGGCUUUUGAAGCACAGUUCUUGUCCACCAGUGGAAGCAUUGCCAAAUACGGGGAUUUUGAUUUCAAGCCUGGAGCCAUAGGCAAGUUUAAGAUGCGACUCAAAGCUCUGCAAAUGAUUGAUGAGAAGCCUGUCUGUCAGAUGGAUCCAAAUGAAAAAGAGGGGACAAUGAGAGUCAAACCUACAACUUUUAAUGCUGCCGUCAAUGUUAAGGCUUCGGUUUUGUGUUCAACCUGCAACUGUGAGAAGAAUCCCAUCGUUAAAGCAGCCAGAUGCCACGGUAACGGAGACCUGGUGUGUGGAAAGUGUCAGUGCUAUGAUGGCUGGCUAAGUACAUUCUGUAACUGCUCAGCAAGUCGUUCAGCUCUGGUCUCCAGUCAGUGUAUAGGACCUGGUAUGACGGAGCCUUGUUCAGGUCGGGGUGACUGUCUGGAGUGUGGAACCUGUGUCUGCUACAACCCGGAUCAGUUUGAAGGACCCUACUGUCAGUAUGACAAGACCCAGUGUCAAAGAUAUGGAGGCUUCCUCUGCAACGACCGUGGCUCUUGCAUUAUGGGUCAGUGUGUGUGUACGGAGGGCUGGCAGGGCAGUGCCUGUGAGUGUCCCAACAGCAACCAGACCUGUCUGGACAGCAAGGGCGGGAUCUGCAACGGGCGAGGUAAAUGUGUGUGCGGCCGCUGUGAGUGUCAAAACUCUGGUAUCGAGAUGACUUCAACCUGUGAGCCAAACUUCCAGUCCCAGUUGGGUGUGUGUGAGGCUACGAGGAGUUGUGCCCAAUGUCAGGCCUGGAAGACAGGAGAGAAGAAAGAGGAAGCGGAAUGUGCGAAGUGCCCCUUCAAAAUUAAGAUGGUGGAUGAACUCAAAGAAUCUGAGAAGGUGCUUGAUUCGUGCAGUUUCCGUGAUGAAGAUGACGACUGUACGUACUCCUACACUGUCGAAAACCCUAAAGAUCCAACAGUUAAAGACUUGGAGGUUGAGGUGCUCAACAAAAAAGAUUGUCCCCCUGCCAGCCUCCUGUGGUUGCUCCCGCUCCUCUUGUUCCUGUUGUUACUGCUGGCACUUCUACUGCUCUGCUGUUGGAAAUACUGUGCCUGCUGCAAAACCUGCUGCCAGAGCUGCCUUGCCUUGCUGCCUUGCUGUAGGAGAGGUCGCAUGGUUGGCUUCAAGGAAAAUGAGUAUUUGCUCCGCCAGUCUCUGCUCACCUCAGACCAUCUGGACACACCAAUGGUGAGGACUGGCCCACCCAAAGGAACAGAUGUGGUUCGCUGGAAGGUCGCUGAUAAUGUACACCGAGGAUCCAAUCACCCCCAGGCUCUGAUAAAGCCCAACCCUAAAGAGAUCAUCCAGUUCCCUAUCUCCCUCCGGCUAAACAGGCUGUUCUCUGAAAACCUAUCUCGCCCCGAAUCCAGAGAUGCAGAACAGCUCCGCAAGGAAGUUGCUGAUAAUCUAAAUGAGGUGUACAAGCAGAUUCCCGGUGUCCAGAAGGUGCAAAAGACCUCAUUCAGAAUGCAAAGAAAUGCAGGAAAAAGGCAGGACUACACCAUCAUGGACACCGUCCUGUCUGCUCCUCGCAGCAGCUACCAUGAUAUCGUCAAACUCACUGAAAAAAAUGUGCAGUCUGGAAAUUUGCAUGAUCUCAAAGUGGUGCCCGGGUACUACACUGUAGCCACAGACAGAGAGGCUGCGGGAGCCAUAGAGUUCCAAGAAGGUGUGGAGUCAGUAGAUGUUCAUGUGCCGCUCUUCGUCAAGGAGGAAGACGAUGACAAGAAACAGCUGCAGGUGCAGGCCACGGAUGUGCCCCUUGGCAUUGCUGAGAUCGGAAAACGCUUUGUUAACAUCACAAUCAUCAAAGAGCAUGCUACCAGUGUGUUUUCGUUCCUCCAGCCGGCCUACACCUACAGUAGGAAUGACGGGGUGGCAAACAUCCCAAUCAGCAGAGAGAUCAUGGAAGAUGGACGCACACAGGUCACCUACCGUACACGAGACCUAACAGCCAAGGAUAAGAAGGACUAUGUGACUGUGGAAGGAGAUUUGACAUAUGGUGCCGGGGAGACCCAAAAGACAGUUCCUGUUCGUCUGUUAGAGCUGGGCGAGAAAGAUGGCCUCCUGGAAGACAAACAGGUCAAGCAGUUUGUCAUGGAUCUUAGUAACCCACGACAGGGCGCCAAGCUGGGUCGCUACCCGAGAACUACCAUCACCAUCACUGACCUACCAGAGCCCAGUGUGAUGAUGUUCAAAAAGGGCACACAGAACUUCAGCACGUCUGACCCAACCUACACCAUCCCUGUGGUCCGCACUCGCAAUCAGGACAGCCCCGCCACAGUGAAAUGGCGCACCAAGAAGGCCCAACGCUUUGAACUAUCAGGCCCACUAAAGUUUGGACCUGGAGAGACAGAGAAGAACAUAGUGAUUGACCCCAAGUCUCACCCUGGACCAAUCCAGCCAGAGACCUUCCAGCUGGAGCUCUUUGACCCCAGUAGCAAUGCUUCUAUUGGAGAGAGAAAGACCACCAUUGUCAGUGUCACAGAGGGAGCUCCCAAAUCUCCAGAGAUUGCCCAUAUGCAGCAGAAGGGCUACAUAAACCAGAAAGCCACCUCCCCUAGUGGUUACCUUCCUGCCCCAGGAAACCCUAAGGCCAAAGCAACUGGACCUAGAAGCAUCCGCCUCAACUGGGACCCACCACCUGGCAACCCCAUGGGGUACAAGGUAAAGUAUUGGAUCUAUGGAGACCCAGAGAAAGAUGCCCAGGUCUUAGAUGUGAAGACCCCUCAAGCUGAAUUGACCAACCUCUACCCCUACUGUGACUAUGAGAUGCGGGUGUGCGGCUACAAUGCAAUGGGAGAUGGCUACGAUACAGACAUUGUUGCCUGUCAAACACUGGAGGAUGUGCCUGGUGAGCCGGGACGUCUGGCCUUUAAUGUCAUCAGUCCAACUGUCACUCAGCUCAGCUGGGCAGAACCUGCAGAGACCAAUGGCAACAUUACGGCUUACGAGGUCAUCUACACACCCAUUGAUGAUGAACUGAAGCCAGUGGGCGCUGCAAAGAAAGUAAAGAUUGACAACCCCAAGAAGCGAAUGCUGUUGAUUGAGAACCUCCAGAAUGCCCAGACCUACCAGUACAAAGUCCGUGCCAAGAACAGCGUGGGCUGGGGCCCCUUCAGAGAUGCCACCAUCAACCUGGCAUCCCAGCCUGCUAGACCUCUGUCCAUUCCCAUCAUUCCAGACAUCCCUAUUGUGGAUGCAGAGGCAGGAGAUGAGUAUGAUGGUUACCUGAUGUACAGCAAUGAGGUGCUGAAGUCCCCCGCAGGCUCCAAGACACCCAGCGUCUCUGGUGAUGAUUAUACGAUUAAUGGCAAGUGGGACCAGAACUUCCUUUUCCCAGGGGGAUCAGGGACACGCAACUUGUCAGCAUCGUCUUCACCAAUGUCCACUCUGAGCUCAAACUACAGAGGAGCAGGCGGCUCCUUCACCACAGAAACAACCACCACCUACUUGUCUGGACCAGGAAGCUCUCGUAGACAGGACAUGAUGAUUGGAGGAGUACAGACAUCAGAAGUCAUCAUGAGGAAGCGCUCAGAGAACAGAGGUUACACAGAUGAAAACAUCCGUGACUCUAUCGUCUUAGGAGAUGUUUCAAGCAAGUUCCCAAAUAUAGGUGGGUUCGGCUACACUGGGACGCAGAGCAGCUCUCAGAGCCAGUUCAGCUACAGCCUGUCUCAAGGUUCGAGGGCCAGAACCCAGUCUUCAGACGUCCAUGAAGCCCUCUAUAAUCUGGACAGGGUCCUCCAGGAUGCACGACUUAGUCCUGGUGUCCCAGACACCCCCAGCAGACUGGUGUUUUCUGCUCUGGGUCCCACCGCCCUCAAAGUCAGCUGGCAGGAGCCCCACUGUGAGAGAGACAUCCUGGGCUACUGUGUUUUCUACCAGCUGCUCAGCGGAGGUGAAGUGAAGCGCAUUAAUGUGACAAACCCAGCCGAGAACUCUGUGAUCAUCCAGGACCUGCUGCCCAACCAUUCCUACCUGUUUAAAGUGAAGGCUCAGAGCCAAGAAGGCUGGGGUCCAGAGCGAGAGGGAGUCAUCACCAUAGAAUCCGCUGUUGACCCCAAGAGUCCCCUCAGCCCCAUGCCAGGCUCACCGUUUACCCUGAGCACCCCCAGUGCCCCGGGCCCCCUGGUCUUCACGGCCUUGAGUCCUGAUUCGCUGCAGCUCAGCUGGGAGAAACCUCGUCAACCUAACGGAGACAUCCUGGGCUAUGUAGUCACCUGUGAACAGCUGCAUGGUGGAGGAGAUGUACGUUCCUUCCAGGUGAACGGCGACAGCGCUGAGACCAGCCUGACCGUCCCAAACCUGACUGAGAACAUUCCCUACAAGUUUAAAGUCCAGGCUCGAACCACGCAGGGCUUUGGUCCUGAGAGGGAGGGCAUCAUCACCAUCGAGUCUCAGGACGGAAUGCCCCCUGCAGGUGCUUUGUCACAGUACAACAGCCAGUCAAUGAGGAGGGAAGUUUUCCACAUGCCGACGGAGGUCAGCACACGAACCAACGUCUCCCACACCAUGCUCAACGACCCCUUCUUCUCAGAAGGGAUGAUGAUGACCACACAGCACACUGAGUCCAGCGGCAUGGUGACACGUCAAAUCACCAAGGAAGUGGUUCAGAGGAGUGUCAUGGGAGGAGCCACCGUCACAAAGAAGAUGUUUUAUGAAUCUUAAGAUUCUUUCUUUUUUAAGAUUCAUUAACACCCAAAGGUUGAGCAUAAUGAGGAGUCACAUCUGAGAUACUCUUUUAAAAAGAGUCGGCUUCAGAGCACUCGCCCAUGAUCUGUGUAUGUUUUUGUGUGUGUGUGUGUGUGAGUGUGUGCGUGUGAGAGAGAGGGAGAUUCUGUGACACAGAAAGCUUUCAUGUAAUGAGUAGAUGGAGAGUUGGCCGCUGUGUCACGUCUGUUACAAACUGUGGCUGCUUUCCUCCACAGAUGAGGUUCCUUAUCAAAUUUACAUUUAUUUUCACUGUUGUUUCUUACAUACUUCACUCCAGUUCCUUUCCAGUAAGUGAAUCAUUUAGACUUCACUCCCUCUGUCGGGGAUCUAAUAAGACACACUGGGGCUUUAAAUCAGGCCAGCGCGGAUCAGUAAUCUGACUGCGGUUCUGUAAUCCAAAGUGACCUUUUCCUCCCGUCUCCCAUAAGAGUUGGCUUGUCUGUGCGAGGUGUUUUGACAGUUUCAGCGUAAACCAACCAGUUUUUGACUCUCUCUUGUCUUUUUGAAGUUUACAGGAGAUUGGCUUGAAACUGGACAUUUUAUGAGGUUUGUCAUUUUCACCCAAAGUGGUCUUACGCUGAGUGAUCAACAGCAUAAAAGUUGUUUGUUUGGGACGUUUGUUCAUAGAUUUGUAUGAUAUUAAAGUGUGAUAACAUGUUUUUUUUUUCAAGCAUAUUUAAUACUUUUUAAGAUUUUUACUUAAGCAGACCGACUUUAAAUUUAAUGCCAAAUACAGAGGUAUUGUCAAACACAGGUUUGUUGCUCAUUUACACACACCUUUCCUACUGACAAGCAAGGGGCACGACUUCACAGUACAGACAAAUGCAUUUAACAUGUGGUACACACUGCUUCAAGCUGAUACUUUUCAUGUUUCCUUACUCUGCAAAGCCAUCACAGUUUGCAUUGUGGGUAGGCUAACAUUUGAGCAAAAAGAUCUUAGUAUUUUAUAGAAAUGAUUUGUAAGGACAGAAAGAUUGUAUUUGCUGCAAUGCAACUCCUACUGUUUUUGGCUUCUCAUUUUGUUGCUUUGGUAAACAUGUUGAGAGGAUAUUUAUGUAAAAAAAAAACAGCAAAAAAAACAACAAACCCAUGUGGGUAAGCGGAUGAACUUAUCACCGAAAACAUUCAUCUAAGAAUUAAUUUACCUUUGAUCAUAUUGUUUAAUGUAUCACUUCCUUUUUUUUAGCAUCCUUUCUUUUUUUUUGGUAUGUCAACUGUAUUGCACUUAAUAAAGAUUUGAAAUAAA